AUGCCGGAAACCAAGGCUUUCGCCCUAACGGUCCACUACAUGGGCGCGACGUACGACCUAGCAGAGUUCGCCCACAAACACCCGGGUGGCAUUAAUACACUGAAGGGUCUUCACAAUCGGGAUAUGCAGGAACGAUUCGCGAACGCACCCGCUCAUUCCGCUGCCGCCAAGUAUUUGAUGAAGGAAUACAAGAUCUGUGAUAAUAACAAUAACUAUGACAACCACAAAAUAAUCGCCAGCAGUAGUAAUGGUCACCCGAACGGGUCACUAAAUGGAACCAACGGAUCCGCUGACUUAAAAGGAUUCAGCAAAGCACAUCUGCCUCAGAACACCGAUGACAGCAUGGAGCACCUCGUCGACUGGAGCAAGCCUAUGCUAACGCAAAUUCCCACCCUUGGCAAACACUACGUCGAUUGGGUCAACAAACCGGUGGAUCGAAAAUUGCGCCUCUUCGGACCCACGUGGCUAGAAAAUCUAACCAAAACGCCGUGGUGGGUUGUGCCAGCAUUUUGGAUACCAUCCAUCCUGUACCUUAUUCACCUAGGAGUAAUACGUCAAUUAGCAAAGCCAGCCGAAGAGCUAACGCUGAGAGAUCACCUCUCUCUCACCGUGUUUAGUUGCCUUUGCUUUGGGGUCUUCACUUGGACCCUACUGGAGUACACCUUACAUCGCUGGGUAUUCCAUCUGGAUCCGAAAAACAAUUGGAUCCUGCAUACGUUCCAUUUCCUAAUUCAUGGAUUACACCACAAAGUACCUUUCGAUCCGUACCGAUUAGUAUUUCCGCCGGUUCCGGCAGUAUUGCUAGCUAGUUUUUUCUACCAACCCGUAUGGCUGUUGCUGCCCCAUCCGCUGCUGAUGCUGGCCGGUGGACUGAUAGGAUAUCUUGGUUAUGAUAUGAUCCACUAUUAUAUUCACUAUGGUAGCCCCAACGGUGGUCAUCUGUAUCAUAUGAAGCGGUAUCACUAUCAGCACCAUUUUGUCCAUCACGAUUUAGGAUUCGGAAUCAGCAGCGCAGUAUGGGACAAAGUAUUUGGAACAACAAUCCUGCUUCGUAAACUUAAGUACCUGCUGAAAUGGUAG